AUGACAUCUCCGUGUAAUAUCUCUGCUAUCCCCUAUCCAGAUUUACCCGGUGCUUCAUUUCUCUCUGGAACAGCAGUACCAGUUCUAAACUAUACCGCCUCAAUCUUACCACUCAACCAAGGCUCCGCUGUCAAUAUCACUUCACUCGAUUUCUGUAAUGUAACACUGACAUAUACGCAUCCGGGUCAGAAUGAUACUAUCAAUGUCAAAAUCUUCCUGCCUUCAUCUUCAUCGUGGAAUGGUCGAUUUAUGGGAACAGGCGGUGGUGGAUUUGAUACCGGGGCCAUCGACACUUCUAUGACUCCUCCGGUGUCUGAAGGCUACGUUGCAGCUGGCACAGAUGGGGGACACUGUGUUGGCAACGAUAUUACCAAUCCCACUGCAUUUUAUGCCAGCGAUUGGGCGCACGUGUCACCUGGAAAUGUCAAUCUUUAUUUACUUCAAGAUUUUGCUUCGGUUGCCUUGAAUGAUAUGACGAUCAUUGGAAAGUCUGUUGCAGCUUCUUAUUACUGA